AUAAUAGGAAUAUCUGUAAGAAAUAAAUAUGAGUUCUAACCUGAAAGCAGACACACAAGCCAUCAUUAAGUUGCUACAGCGCCUGCAGUACAGCGGCGUUGAGUGCACAGAAGAUGCGUGGAUCCAGCGGCUGCUGUACGAGCGCAGCACAGCCAGAGACGAGCUGCUGCAGUGGGUCGUGAUGCUGCUCAUGCCUGACACUGCUGCUCCCUCCUGGCCAGAGAUGGGUCAACCUCGCGACCAAAAAGAGCUGCUGCAGUGCCUCUACCUGCUGGGUCUGUGCCGUCAUACUGACGCAGACCUCGUGAGGGGUGAGGCUCCCCCUGGUCAACAGGCGCGCUUCUGGAAGCUGCUGCUGACGACGGCGUGCGGCCUGCGUCGCGCUGACAGACUCAAGCACUCGGCAGCUACUGAGCUGCUACACGCCCUCUACAGCAGCAGGGCCAUCGCCCAGGUCACCAAGGACGAGGCCUCCAGCUUAUUACCGGGCGACUUCCAGGAUAAGUACAAGGCAUGGAGCCGUCAUGGCAAGAACAAGGAACUUCCUGACGUCGCUCAGUCGCUGGAAGAAACUUCCGCGUCACUAGCAAACACACUGCAGGAGUUGAACGCCAUUCCGCGAGAACAUCAUGAGCUAGCAGACAGCGAGAAGCUUGCUUCUCUCACCGCCAGCCUGACAGGCGAGCUCGACAAGCUGGCCACGAGUGGGGAACUUUUCUCUCAGGUUUACACGACACACCUUGCAUCGUGGCUGCGUCAAGCUGACGAGUCGCCGCUGACGCACGGAGCUGACACCGGCGCUGCCGUACACGACGCAUACGAAAAACUCCAGCGACUCCAGAAAGCGCUGGCAGGUCUGAAGGAAAUUAGCGUGAGGACAGAAGAGCUUGCGGCCGCUGAGGCCGCCACACAGCGCCUCCUUGCGCAGCCUGCGGACGUGGCCUCAGCCGUGCGGCGCAUCGCAGCCUCAGCGCGAGAAUCUUAGAGCAAGUCACGUGCUAGUAACAUAAUUUUGAAAAAUAACUUUUAAUCUUGCCACUGAUGAAUUUGCUGAACUGGACGUUCAAUUACUUCUUCUUUGGCAAUUUUUGCUGUGGUAGUUAUAUCCUGUUGAUUGCGUUACGGUUUUUCCAAUCGUAGGAGCGAAGCAGUUAUUACCUAUACAUGGACUUUGCUAAUUGACUUCCAAUCGAUCAGAAGCUCAUGGGGAAGUUCUAGCUGCAGUUGUCCUGUCAUUGAAGACCUAAUUCUGUAAAAAUGUUCAAAGGAUCAGGAAUGCGACGGACAUGUCCUCGGAUCCGAGUUAUGACAACUAAGCGAUUUCGUCUCAUCGUCAUCCAAUGUGCCGCAUUUCAGAGCGUAAUAGGCUUCAUCAGACCAUUCAUUACCGAGACGCAUCAGUACCUCGAUAUUUAACUUUAUUGCUCGUACAAUAGUGCAACUUUGUCCAAGAAUCUUCCUUGCUACCGACAGCAAAUUAUUAAUUCCUAGUAAUAAAGUUGUUAUAAUAAUUAUACUAUCACUGCAUUCCAAAUUUGUUCUUAGAAACGAUAAAUUUGAUUCAGAACUGACGUGUAAUGAAGAUUAAACCUGUUAUAAGAAAGAGUAUUGAAUGAAGAGCAAUGCUGUUUGUAGCUUGUAUGUAAAAAGUACUUAUAAUACACAAAUAUAAUUGCAUGUACAAUCAAAAUUGAAAAUGAAACUUUGAAUAACAUGAAGUGAUAUCUAACUGGUAUAAUGGCCUUCAAAUUGGUCACAAAUUAUAUAGAAAACAACUCGUUAGGUACAGGUCGGUGAAACUGAUGAGAGUAGAAAUGAGCAGACUUAAGACAAAAUUGCCUUGAAACGAUAUCUCUUUCAGAGCAGCAUAUAUACAAAUCAUUCGUGAGAACCUUCAUCGUCAAGAAGUUUCAAAUUAAUCACCAAGAUCCCCCCAAAAACAUGUCAAUUCAAAUGACAAGAGCACUAACUGUCUAUUUUGGAUGCGCCCGCGUUGCCCAAGUGUCAUCGUCACUAGUGAUAGUGUCUACGUAUAUUGUACAGUACAAUAUAUCAAAGUAAUAAUGCAUUGAAACAACUAUUGGCAACAAUAUUUUACAAGCCAUGUUAACAAGGAACCAACUAAUUACUUCCUCUGUCAGGCAUUCUUCUUACAUGAAUACCCAUCAAUCAAGGGUAUCAGAAUAGACAGAAUUUCAGAAUAUUCAUGACAGAAUAGAGGUUUGCCAUUCAUCUGAGAAACAAAUUACCUAGACCUAAAUUCAUUUCCAGUGUCUGCUAAUUGAAUGUUUCAUUCAAAUCAUACAACUAUAAAUGUCAAACGUCCUAGUUUUCCCUGAUCACCUUCUUCCCUCGCAUGUGCACUGAUUCAACAUGUUUACUAAUCGAAUCCAGCACUCGACAUCUUUAAUCUCAACCAACACCACAUUUUGUAGUUCUGCUCUCACCCAAUGUUAGGAGUGUUACUCAUCAGAACAUAUCAAAAAGGCUUCAAAUAACAGUUAGAUGCUAUGAUCAACUUGGGGAGUUCGGUUCUCACAUGUUCAUAAGAGCAGACACGGGACUCAUGUCCAGACCGGCGUCUGCGGUAUCAGCGUCGCUGUCUUUAGACGUCUCGUGCAGGAGGACGUAUUCUCGGCUGCUGUAGCCGAAUUUCACUACGUCUUUUUCCAUGAGCUCGACGUAGGAGCGCGUCGUGAUGCGUCGAUUGUUCACGUACGUUCCGUUGGCCGAAUCCAAGUCUAUGAUGUAUGGCUUCACUGUGCGCCCUGUUAAAAUAAGAUGCUCAUGUAUAACGAUUCAGAAUAGUACGUAGGUGUUCAUAAUUAUGCAUUGUAUAUUAUCAUUGAAAAAUUGAUCAAAAUACAGAAACCUUCUAAAUAAUCCCAUUCCAAGUGAAUGUAACACAAGGAGUAAAUUGUUAUAAAUAAGUCGCUAGUUCACAGGAAUACUACUUGACUAUUGACUGAUUAAUCGAACAAUCAGGAUGAAGAUUGC